AUGGACCCACAGCGUUUCUUCUACCGCGUGUUAAGGUUGAAUGGUGACCACACCACACUGAAGUUUUCUGAUGAUAUUUUAAAAUUCGACAUCAAAGUUCUGUAUCAGUCACUCAACACAUACCCACGACGCUUGCAGUAUUGUUUUCCUUCUCAGUCCAUACUCCGCAACAACUUCUUCCAAGAGGGUCAAAAUUUUCUACACGCACUCUUGUCACGCACACACUUCUCCAUUGAUUCUCUUGAGGAAAUCACGGAGAGUGUUGCCUCCACUGUCCGAGAGUUGUUUGAAGUUGGUGAUAGGGUUGCUUCUGAGCACCGAUUACGAGACAAUCCAUGCAGUGUUGCAGAGCAACGGAGAAUUGUUGUGUCUGCUUGGAGGAGUUGGAUAGGAAUGCUGAGAGCUUCACAACGCCAUGCCAUCAUUUGUUUCAUCUGCAAUGCAUUUUGCCUUGGCUGCAAAUCAAGCAUGUUUGUCCACUUUGUCGUCACCUUUUGCCCACCCUCCCAAAUUGAUCAGCUCUCAGAGGAAAAAAAAGUUGAGUAA